CCCCACUAGGGUUUUAUGCUAUAUCUAACACUUUACAUACAAACAUCACUGCCUCUUCCCUCUAUACUCUCCAUUUUCCUCCCCGCAGCCUCAUCACAGAUUUUGAAGAUGGCAUUUGUCAAAGCCCAGAAGUCUAGAUCUUACUUCAAGAGGUUUCAAGUUAAGUUCAAGAGAAGGAGAGAGGGCAAGACUGAUUACCGUGCCAGAAUUCGACUCAUCAACCAGGACAAGAACAAGUACAACACCCCCAAGUUCCGAUAUGUUGUCCGAUUUACCAACAAGGAUAUUACUGCCCAAAUCAUAUCUGCAACCAUUGCUGGGGACAUGGUUCUUGCUUCUGCUUAUGCUCAUGAGCUCCCGCGAUACGGUCUCAAAGUUGGGCUAACUAACUAUGCUGCAGCUUAUUGCACUGGUCUUCUUUUGGCUCGUCGAGUUUUGAAAAAGCUUGAAAUGGAUGAUGACUACCAGGGAAAUGUUGAGGCAACUGGAGAAGACUUCUCUGUUGAACCAGCUGAAAGCAGAAGGCCAUUCCGUGCCCUUCUUGAUGUUGGUCUUCUUCGAACAACUACUGGAAACCGUGUCUUUGGUGCUCUUAAGGGAGCUCUGGAUGGUGGACUUGAUAUCCCUCACAGUGAUAAACGGUUUGCUGGAUACAGUAAGGACAGUAAGAGCCUUGAUGCUGAUGUCCAUCGCAAGUACAUCUAUGGUGGGCAUGUUGCUGCAUACAUGAAUACCUUAAUGGAAGAUGAGCCAGAGAAGUACCAGACUCACUUUGCUGAGUACAUCAAGGCUGGAGUUGAGGCAGGUAACCUUGAAGAGCUUUACAAGAAGGUUCAUGCUGCAAUUCGUGCUGACCCAAGCCCCAAGAAAACCGAGAAGCAGCCUCCCAAGGAACACAAGCGAUACAACCUGAAGAAGCUCACCUAUGAUGAGAGGAAGCAAAAGCUUAUUGAGAGAUUAAAUGCUUUGAAUGCUGCUGCUGGAGCCAAUGAUGAUGAUUCAGAUGAAGAUGAUGAGUAAGAAACGGCUGAUUGGUUGUGGUUUUUUGGUAUGUUUAGGUCGAAAAGACUAAAGUUUGUUUUCUUAUAUUUUCAUUUAGAAGAAUCAGAUACCGGAACCAUCUUUAGCAUCUCGAGGAAUGUUAAUGUUAUGUUGAACUUGUUUGAUUGCA